GUCCCUCCUCGCAGUGCGUGGUGCGUUCACGAACCCCUGACUGCCGUGGGACAAGUUAGAGUCGAAGCGCCCGAGGCUGACAAAGUGCCGAUUAGCCAACCUCCGGCUUCGCAGCGGUGCCCACCUGCAGCGUUCCGCCGAGUGAAAGGAACGUGGCCACCCGAACGCUUCGACUCCAGACAUGAAUAACUCAAAAUCAAAGGGGUUCCAACUUCUGACGUGAAGCCGAUUCGAGUUGGACAAUGUAUCUUUUCGUGAAGAAGAAGAAGUUUAAGUUUCAAGUGCGCUUUACUUUAGAGGAGCUCACGGCAGUGCCUUUCGUUAACGGAGUACUUUUCUGCAAGAUCCGCUUGCUUGACGGCGGGGACUUUGCCAUCCUGUCAUCCAGGGAGGAAGUGCAGCACUACUGUGUCAGAUGGGGGAAGAAGUUCUCCUUUGUGUGUAAAUUGAGUGCUAAUUCAGUCACUGGAGUGUUGGACCCCUGCAUCUGUAGGGUCUCUGUCCGCAAGGAGCUCAAAGGAGGAAAAACCUUCACAAAGCUGGGUUUUGCUGAUCUCAACAUUGCAGAAUUUGCGGGUUCAGGCUCUACAGUUCGCUGCUGCAUCCUGGAGGGUUACGACACCAAACACACCCGUCAGGACAACUCAAUUCUCAAGGUGACAAUUGGGAUGUUGCUUCUGUCCGGCGAUCCAUGCUUUAAAAUUACAACUAAAUCCGUCUCUAUCGGCGAUGUGGACCCCACCCUUCAGCUGGACCGUAAGGGUGAUAGCACUGAUGUCAAAAUGCAACCACUACAAACUAUUAUGGAGAAACCCUGCGCCCUUUAUCCUCGACAGACAUCAGUUCAUAGCUCAGGUUUGCCAGAGGAGGAAGAGGGUGUCUCUAACCCAGAUGAGUCUGUCUUUCACGCCGGACAUUUCCGCAGCUCCAGCUUUGCCAGCCAGCACAGCAAGCUCUCAGGUUACAGCACAGGUCACUCUCGCUCCUCCAGCUUAACUGACCUCACUCACCACCGGAACGCCUCCUCGAGCAGCAGUUUUUCAUGUAAUUUUGCACACCAACAUACUUCCACCAAACCAGAGAGACCUCCUCCACCCUCAGUCGUUGCCAUCAUGUCCAGCAGAUCUUCCAGUAGGAAGAAGAACAUGAUGGAGAGGCAGCACAGCUGUGUGGACGAUACCCGCAUUGAUGCUGAUGACAUUGUGGAAAAGAUCGUCCAAAGUCAAAAUUUUUCAGACAGCAGCAACAAUGAAGACAGCAACUUGCAGUUGUUUGUCAGCAAAGAUGGGACCACAACCCUUUGUGGUACACAGCUUGCUAACAGUGUGACACCUGGCGUGUGUGAAGCUGUGAUCUUAGAGACUCACUCAACCACUCAACUAUCCUGUCAGUCACCUGAUCAACUUUCCAAAGUUUCUUUUAUAUCUGAUCGUAUGUGACUAUGCAUCUUCAAAUAUGUUCACAUCUAAAGUUAGUACACACCACUUUAUUUAAGACUACUAUUAGCUACCUGUUUUUCACAUUAAAUGAAUGAGAAUGGGGUUCAAGAGCUGAUUUAUAUUUGUUUUCAUAUAGUUUACAUACAAACCCCAAAACCAGUGAAGUUGGCACGUUGUGUAAAUCGUAAAU